GUCGCCAUCUCAUUUGCAAACCAUUCGUGUUUUGUAACCGUGCCAUCUUCUCCCUAUAGGAUUGCUGUUCCCGAAUCUCGUAUCGAAGACCUUCGAAAGAGGCUUGAUCUGGCCACGUUCCCUGACGAGAUCGAAGACGCAGAAUGGGCUUAUGGAAGCCCUUUAGCAGACAUCAAGAGACUCACGUCCUUUUGGAGAAACGAUUUUGACUGGAGGAAGGCUGAGGCGAAACUGAAUGAGCUACCCAACUUCACAACGAACGUCACCGUAGAUGGUUUUGGAGACAUUGAGCUCCACUUCCUGCACCAGUCAAGUCCUGCACCAGAUGCUGUUCCUCUGCUCUUUGUUCAUGGCUGGCCUGGCAGCUAUAUGGAAGUGACCAAGAUGCUGACGGCAUUGUCCUCAAGCACAAAUGGUGUCAGUUUCCAUGUCGUCGCACCGUCUCUACCAAAUUUCGGAUGGAGCGCAGGGUUCGCACUCGGUCAAUAUGCGGAGGCAUGCCAUCGCCUUAUGCAAUCUCUUGGAUAUGAUAAAUACGAUUGGGGGAUGUAUAUCACACGCAGCAUCGGCCUUUUGUUCCCAGAGUCUUGCUUGGCUUCCCAUAUCAACAUGGUUCGCGCGAGUCCGCCGAAGUUCUCCACACAUCCUCUACUUGCUGUUCAACAUGCUCUGACUUCAUAUACCGAGGACGAACAGAAAGGACUCUCGAGAAGUGAUUGGUUUGCCAACGAGGGAAGUGGAUACAGAAUGAUACAAAGUACAAAGCCUCAGACUGUGGGCUAUGCACUCGCCGACAGCCCAGUAGCCUUGCUCGCCUGGAUCUAUGAGAAGCUUCACGACUGGACAGAUAGUUACCCGUGGACUGAUGACGAGAUACUGACUUGGAUAUCAAUCUACUGGUUCUCGAGAGCAGGUCCAGCAGCCACCGUUAGGAUAUACUAUGAAGCAACUCAUACCUCAGCAGAGGCAACUAGAGAACGCGUGCAGCGUUUUAUUGAUCAAGACCUCACUAUUGUUCCCAGGACUUGGGGAAGAACACUUGGCCCAGUUGUUUUUGAGAGCGAGAAGAAACAUGGAGGCCACUUUCUCGCAUACGAACAGCCAGAAGAGGUUGUUGCUGACCUUCGAGCUAUGUUUGGGUCUAGAGGACCAUGUCACAACAUACUCGAGUCC